CAUUUCAGUCCAGCUGACUGCAUUUCAGGUCAUUUUGGUACCAGAAAGUGAGACGAGAAUGGCGGGACGUCUUCUUCUUCGAGCCUGUACAACAACAAUUCGGCUGAGGAGCAAUGUGGUGGCUAGACCGUCAACCCGUGCUAUGUCCGCAGGAGGAAUACCAACAGAUGAGGAGCAGGCUACUGGACUGGAGCGCCGUGCACUGCAAGGCUUGAAAAGGGGACAGGAUCACUACAGUAUCCUGAAGCCCCAAGCCUAUGCUGGCACCAAGGAAGACCCCAACAUUGUGCCAUGCAUUGGGACCAAGAGGCUGGUGGGCUGUCUCUGUGAGGAAGACAACACGGCUAUUGUGUGGUUCUGGCUUCAUGAAGGAGCUGCCCAGCGCUGUCCUUCCUGCGGUUCCCAUUAUCAGCUGGUCCACACCGAGCUGCCCCAUUGAAAAUUAAUUUAACACAAGCUCUUUACAAACAGGACAACAGAGAUAUUGCUGCCUCCUUCACGGUUCUAUACUGCAAUGUGUGCAUAUCAUUUAUUAAAAUGUAUACCUGAACUGAA